AUGGUAAUGCUUUUAGAAAAAACAGAUUUCAUUUUGAUUUGCCUGCCAAUUAUUUCAAAAGCGAUGCUGCAGGUAGCUAAGCUAGCAAUUGUCUUCGAGUUAGAUACUGCACAUUUAUCCUCCUUUUCAGCCGUGCUUGUGAGUCAGAUGGCUCUAAAAGUUCUCGAAACGGAUACGAAACAGCUGGCUUCUGGUGGUAGUUCGGAUAGUGGCAGUCUCCCUAAGCCAAAACCUCCUGCACAGAAAGGAAUGGCUGGCACCUUCGAUCCAAAUUACCAAACAUUAGCCAAUGUGCAAGAUCCAUUUGCUCAGCCACGAGGACCUGGGGGUCCUGGAGCCCCGCGAGCCCCUGCAGCCCCUGCAGCUCCUCCUCCGCAAGCUCCCAAAGCUCCUGCCGUGGGGGGAAUGGCAGUUUCAGGGACAUUUGAUCCAAAUUACCAGACCUUGGCAAACAUUCAAGGAGAUGUGUUUGGGGCAGACAAAGCGGGAGGAGCUGGAGCACCAGCGGCAGCAGGAAAAGGAGAUUGGCAGGGAGGAAUUGUUGUAGCUGAUUUCCUUCUUCACAUAAUUGCAUAG